AUGGCUGAUCAGAGGUCCCACCAAGACAUCACCGCCCUUGGUCUUUCUGAAGCCGACCAGAACAUCAAUAACACCACUGAAGAUAUCAGCCACAAGGCGUCUGGCCACAAGGCCAACCUCAGCAACCCUAAUACUAGCGAGGAGAGUAAGGAGAAGUCAAGGCAAGCAUUGAAGGAACUCGGGGGUGAAGACGCGUUCUACGAAAAGCAAGGCAAGGGCGCGUAA